AAGGUCAGGGAAAGGGUUAGCUAACAUGCAAAGUAGCUAAAAAGUAGUAAGUAGUUGAAAAGUUGCUAAUUAGUUAAAAUGCUAAAGUUGUCUGUGAUGAGAUUAGAAUUCUCAACCUUUGGCUUAUGUAAUCAUCUGUUUAAUGUAACCAUACCAAACAUAACGUAAUAUAUCAUAACAUAUAAUAUUAUGGCCACCCGAGUGGCGCAGGUGUCUAAGGAACUGCAUCGCAGUGCUAGAGGCGUCACUACAGACACGGGUUCGAUCCCGGGCUGUAUCACAACCGGCCGUGAUUUGGGAGUACCAUAUGGCGGUGCACAAUUGGUCCAGCGUUGUCCGGGCUAGGGGACGGUUUGGCCGGAGUAGGUUUACAAGUAGGCCGUCAUUGUAAAUAAGAAUUUGUUCUUAACUGACUUGUCUAGUUAAAUAAAGGUUAAAAAACAUGGACUGUCUUGGAUUUACGAACAGAAUAAUACGAAAUGCUCUGCGACCAAGCUGAUAUUAGAGCCAAGUGGGACUUGGAUUUGGGUGUAAUCAUGAGAACUUAUUUGCAGAAACCAUUUUACAUUGGCGUUUGGUUGCUGUGCCGGAUCCUAUGGUGCUGAAUACGAUUUUUAUAUAUUUUUAAUUUUUUUACACACACACACACACACACACACACAUUCAAAUGGAGCCUGCUGACUCAGCAGUGUGAUACAUGAAUGUCCAGUCUGUUGUCUUUACUCACGUAUUAUCUUACACACACACACACCCUGUUGACCCACCUCUGGUAGUGUGUUAACUAAUUUUGUGUCGCAAUGUUUAGAUUUCAUGAAAAGUUGAGAGGAGUUCAACAGGAAAGGAUGAAUUGUCAGAAGAUGAUUACAGAUUGGAAGUCACUCAAAUACAUAAGGACUUUAAAAUGGAGACAUUUGCAGGGCCAGUGUUUGCCAGCUUGCGUCGCUCCCUGGGAAUGACAGAAAAGGAGUAUCAGCAUUCUCUCUCCUUCGAUGGCUCAUACCUGCAGUUCAUCAGCAACUCCAAAAGCAAGGCUGACUUCUUUCUGACGAACGAUAAGUGUUUUUUCUUGAAGACCCAGAAUAAGAGAGAGGUGAAAUUCCUCCUGUCCAAUCUGAGAAUCUACAUGGAGCACCUAGAGAAGUAUCCCCAUUCACUGCUGGUCAAGUUCUUAGGUGUCCACAGGAUAAACAUUUCCCAUAGGAGGAAGAAGUACUUUAUUGUAAUGCAGAGUGUUUUUUAUCCUGACGAUCGAAUAAAUGCCAGGUAUGACAUCAAGGGUUGUGAGGUGAGCCGGUGGACAGACCCCGCCCCUGAGGGUAGCCAGAUUAUUGUUGUCCUCAAGGACUUGAACUUCAAGGGCCAGUAUAUCACUCUGGACCAGCAGCGGCCGUGGCUGCUCCGGCAGGUGGAGAUUGACACGUCGUUCUUGCAGAGACUCAACGUGCUGGACUACAGCCUCCUGGUGGGCCAUCAGCCCCUGCACCAGGACGAACGCCACCAGGGCCUCUCUUUUGCCACCCUUAUCAUGCGCACAAAAAAGUCAGUGAUCACUGGCUCAAGCCCCACCCAUGCGGGCAAGCCCACUGUUCCAGGGGUGGUCCCAGAGGAAGACUCCAACCUGUCGGUGUCAGAGAUGGAUGGCGGGACAGGAAGUGGCAGCGUUGCCGAAUCACGGGGAGGAAGUGACCCGGGCAGUGCCCUUUCCGGGAGAACCUGUACUGAGCAGCCGGCCGGGUCGGUCACAGAUUCGAUGGUGCUCAGGGACUUCCAGGCCCAGAACCGUCGGCUGCUGCCCAACUUCAAGAACCCGCUACACGUCAUUGACGGACCGGAGCAUCGCUACUUUGUGGGCAUCAUUGACAUCUUCACUGUCUACAGCUUCAAGAAGAGGCUGGAGCAUUGGUGGAAGAGACUGCGGCACCCAGGGCAGGCCUUCUCCACCGUCAGCCCCACCUCUUACUGCCUUAGGCUCUGCCAGUGGGUACAGGACCACACCAAGUAGACUCAGAAAAAGGGGAGGAUGAGGAUGAUUAGUCCCAGUAGCAGACUGUCUGCCCAAGAACAAACGUUUGCAUGCACACAAGUUGGACACUGACCAGAGACAUGAAGCUAUGCUUUUAAAGCACUAUAAUUUCAGAUUGAUCAAGGAGCAGUUACUUUCAUGUUUCCACAUCUCCAGACCAAAGCUAAAACAAAUAUAAACCAUUAUAUACAAAUAUAAUAUUCACCAUCGCAAAUUCAUGGGUUUCCUUUUCAUAUUCUUUGUUAAGUAAACAUAGAAAAAGUUGCGACAUUUAUAAUCAAGUGCUAUGAAUUAAUUAGCUGAUUCUCCAAAGUAUAAUUGUUUUUUAAUUGUUGAAGUUCAAUUAGCAAGUGAAUGCUGAAAACCAAAAUAAUUGUGCAAAUUUGCCACCUGAUAUGGAUUUAUUUUUAUUUUUACAAUUGUACUUUGAAGUGUUUAUACCUGUGCAAUUUUGUUGUAUUUUUAAAAGCUGUGUUUUCACUGUUCAACUGACCAAGUGAAUAUACUCUCCCGAUAUGAUUGUGUAUAUAUAUAUAUAUAUAUAUAUUUUUUUUUUAAUUCUUUUUUUUUUUUGUAUUCUUUGUGCGGUCAUGGCAAGGUCAGUAUAAAGGGUUAACGUUUAAAAGUGAUGACAAACGGUAGUCAUAAAGGUUCUGUUCCCCUGCUCAGACAUUGCUGACGCAUGUCAGAUCUUACAAUGCCUGGAUAAGUAUUUUACAUAUCAGCUAACCACACCAUAUGUCAUAGCAAUCUGGUGCCCGACUGCACAGUCGAUGACGUGGCACGCAACCAUUGGUUGAUGCAUGCAAUGUCUGAACAGGGAAACACAACCUUUAUAAGACUGCCUGGUUCUUAUGAUGACCAACACAUUUUUUUAAAGGGAAAGUUCAAUUCUGGAAAUUGUAUCUUAUUUUUGACUUACCUAAGGAAGAACCUGGACACCCUAGGUAACACCGUAGGGAAGUUGAAAAUACACAAAUUGAACUAUCAGAAGGGAUAUUACUCACACUGCCCAGUUUUUAUGGUGAAAUGUAGGCUAAAGACUUAGUCUUGCUGUUAGAAAAUAUAACACAAAUGUGCUUUAAACCUCUUGAGGUGCUCCAUUCUGUACCUCACCCUCGACACCCUGUGUCAGUCAGGGAAAUAUGAGGAUUGUUUUUCACAACUCUGUCUGGGUCUGAAUGUUGUUUGAAAGUAAGGCACUGUAUUUACAGGGUUUAAGUUGUCUAGAAACAGAAAUCUAUUCUAUCCAUGAAUAGAAUUGACUUUACAUCCUAUUUGAAUGUAAGAUGUAGCAUAAAAAACAUCCACACAAAGUUGGGGAAAUAAAAUACCCUGAUUUGA